AGGUUGUCGUUAUUGCUUAAAAAUGAAUUUAACCGAUCUUGAUCCGUCCACAACGAUUCAAAAACAAAGAUCAUUCCCAGCUAUCACACAGCCCAAGAUUGUCGGCUUCUUCAGCGUUGGGACCGAACGGCAGUACAUUCCUACGGCAGAUAAUUUAAAAUAUUUAAAUUUGCCCAAACCGGAAGCGAACGGAUGCUUGAGAAUUGACCUUAACAAGGGCUUUGAAAUCCGGAUACCAAAACCGACUAGUGCGAAGCAGGAACGGAUUGAUCAUUUGUUGAGAUUUAUGGUUCACAAUGGCAUGAAUGUGACCGAGGGCAAUAGUACGAAACCGGAUUUUGUUUGUUUCCGCGGUCUACUGCGAAUGCUGAUGUGCACGCCAUAUGACCGAGACACUGGAUGGAUUGUUCUGGCUAGUCGAUACAAAGGUACAAUUUACCUUUGUUCCAAGGAAACCCCGGAAAAGUUGCAACAAGAAGCUAACGAGACGGAAAAGCAGAAACGGUUCUGCUAUUAUGGGUUCAAAUUUGAGCAGCACGUUCUGACUGAUGACCCUAACAGUGAACCGAAUACAUCAGCACCGGUUGUAGAAUCGGAGGAGUUUUGUUGCCUGUUCAGUACGACGUUGGAAAACAAACGUAUCCUCUACGGUGCUGAGAUGGAUGGAAUAUUUUCUCAAACCCCAAUCAACCGAGAUCAGAUCGAUGCGACGCUAUUGAACCGGCUUCAAUUCGUCGAAGUUAAGGUAAAACGGCGCGAGUCUAACCAACGGCAAGCGGAUAAUUUUUUCAGAUUCAAAUCGAUUAAAUGGUGGUGCCAGAGCUUUCUGGUCAACGUUCAGCGGUUGUUUGUUGGACUGCGAAAUGAUCGCGGUAUCGUUGACGAGAUCACCGAGAUGAGCUUGAAGCAGCUGGAUCGGCAAUCACGGCGAUUUUGGUCCGCCUCGGUUUGUAUGACAUUCUGUUCGGACUUUUUGGAGUUGGUUCGGGCGAAGAUGAGCCAAGUAGAUUCACCGCACACCGUGUAUCGAUUCGAUUACGACCCCGGCAAGGCAAGGGCUGUUUUGUUCGGCGUUCUCGAGGGUAUGAACGAGGAGACUUUUCUGCCGGAUUGGUAUGUUAGCGGAGUAAAUAAUUAGAAAGCAAAGUAAAGCCUAGGUGCUGCAUUAUCGUUACCGAAACUUGACCGGUUUUUAUACGACAGACUUCGCAGCCAGCUGUUAGAGUACAGGACAAUUGCAGGGCCAGUUGCUACGAUCCUAUUGACUCUAACAGCCUCUCCCAGCCGAGAUUCGAACAUAUGACGCUGGCUUACUAGGCCAGCGUCAUACCUCGAAGCCAAGUUGGGAGGUUUAUUUAAUUUAAUUAAUUAGAAAACGUUAGGCAAUAAGGAUUUUAUUUUUUCGAAUGAGAAAAAUAAAAGUUUGUGUUUGCUUCG